AUGCAACCUCGAGGAGUUUUUCAGCUUUUUCUGCGGGCGCGGGCCCAGGAGAUUUGUCGGGCCUCGAGAACUGUGUCUGCGCCCAAGCUUUCGUUGCGAAAUGUUCACAGUACUGGCGUAUCCACGAGCACCUCGGCUCGGUCGUCGCGCUGGACGCGCCGACUGAUUUACGGUGCUAUUUUCGGAGCUCUCGGGAUGAGUGCUGGAAAAUGGAUGGACAAAAAAAUUGCUGAGCCGCCAAUCCCUGGUACACCGGAAGACAGGUUGCAAAUGCAGGAUAUCCAGCAUGUGUUCGACAACGGACUCCCGAUCGUGCAAAAGCUCCGCAGUAACCCCGAUUUUGUGGAAAUGGGCGUCUACGAGAAUUACUCGGAAGAGAGCAAAAAGCACCGAUUGACAACAGGCCCGUUGACCGGCAGUAGAGGCUUUGGAUUGCAGAGGGUUUUUUGGAAUGAAAAGGAACAUCAACUGGUGACUGUGGUCUUCAUGGGGUCGGGCGUCGAAGGUUGGCCCACCAUGGUACACGGCGGUGCCAUUGGCACGAUUAUUGACGAGAACCUUGGUCGUGCUGCCUUGCGACACUUUCCGGCACGAACAGGUGUGACUGCCAAUCUCAAUCUCAACUAUCGCGCGCCUGUCUACUCCGACAGCUUUUACUCGAUCCAUUCGACCAUUGAUCUGGACCGUAGCACAGACCGCAAGGGCUAUGUCAGUUGUACCCUCCGGGACAUGACUGGGCGGACUUGCGUUGAGGCCAAUGCUCUGUUUGUUGUUCCCAAGCGGCUUAAGCUUGCGAAGCUAGGCGACUCGUUCUAA